UCGUCGAUGACAGCCAUGUUUCUCCACCUCUAUUUUAUUCGCUAUACAAUAAAAACCAAAAUAAACCAACUUAAGCCCACUGAUAAGCGGACCAGCAAUCUUCAAUGAAAUCACUACCGUCAGAUAAACUGCCAUCGACCACCUGCAAGCGCACGCCCAGCGGAACAGCCCCGUCCGACCGCCCACACUCCCACAUCUGUGCGUCGGCCGCCCACCCACUUCGGCCGUCGGUCCGUUAAUGUUAUCAGUUCUGCAGCAGAGGCAGCAACAUCGAGUGGGCGCGCACAAAAGGCCACCCACCGCUCAAGGACGAGGCGUAGGCAAAGGUUCAAUUCGAUUUGCUUGCAGUUGCAGUAGAAGUGGAAGCGGCAGCGAAAUAAGCAGCGACGUAACCGCGCAACGUGCCCUGAAUACUAAAACCUUUUUUUUCGGGCCAUGCCAAUGCCACGGACGUCGAGCGGCUGACAGGAAAUCGUGGCCAGCGACCAAACAAAACCACACUUCCUCACUGUGAGCAAUAGAAACUCUAGUCAUUAGUUCAUAUGGAUGCUACCGCAAGUUCAAAGUUCAGCGAUGUGGACGAGUAUGGCUUCAAGCGUGGCGACCACUUCGACUACAACAACUACUCCAAGUUCAUGGAUGGUUAUUUAAAGACGCUCACGCGACGCCGCAUGAAAUGGGAGGCUAUACUCCAGCAGAACACCGAUCUCACCCAAAUGGACGCCAAGCUGAAGCGGUACAUACGAAAGGGCAUCCCUGGUCCGUACCGUCCAGACGUCUGGAUGAAGAUAUCCGGCGCCGCCGCCGCCCAACGACGCUCUCCGGAUCUCUUUCGCAACCUGCUGCGCAUCGAGCCAUUCGACAAGGAAAUCAGCGAUUCCAUAUCAAUCGAUCUACCUCGUACCUUCCCCGACAAUAUUCACUUCGACACGAAGAAGCAACGCCUGUACAACAUCCUCAUCGCCUACGCCCACCACAACCGGGACGUGGGCUACUGCCAGGGGCUCAACUACAUAGCCGGCCUGCUGCUGAUCGUCACCGACGACGAGGAAAAGUCCUUCUGGCUGCUCAAGCAUAUCGUGGAGAACAUCGUGCCGCAGUAUCACUCGCACAACAUGGCUAAUCUGCUGAGGGACCUUGCCGUAUUUCGGGAGUUGGUCAUCCGGCGGAUUCCCGCUGUGAACCGACAAGUGGAUAACUUGGGCCUGCCCUAUCCGGUGAUUGCCAGCAAAUGGUUUAUCUGCAUCUUUGCCGAAGUGCUGCCCGUGGAGACGGUGCUGCGUAUCUGGGACUGCGUCUUCGCUGAGGGCUAUAAAAUUGUUUUCCGUGCUGCCCUGGCCAUGUUCGUCACCCACAAGAAUGACAUUCUGGCCUGCGACGACAUUGCGGCCCUGGCCAACUUAUUCCGGGACACCAUGAUCCAGGACAGCAUCGUGACAGACUGUCAUGGCUUUGUGGAGGCCAUGUUCAGUCUGCGCCUAAAAAAAAGUGAGCUGGAGAGCCUGCGCAAGGUAGCUGUGCUCAAUCCGGCCUAAAAAGCUCAUUAGAAUGGGGCUUUAUGACCAACAGAUCAAACAAAAGCAACAAACCCAAAAUCAAAUUGGAGAAGCAAUCGAAAAAUUCAAUUAUUAGGAGCGUAGUUCACCCGUGUCAUUGUUUUUAUGUUCAUGAUUGUGAGUGUGCAUUAUGUAAUCGUUUCUAUAUAGAACGUAUUUAUAUGUGCGCGCAUUUGUAUUACCAUUGUAGCCCAAUUGUAGUUAAGGCCAAAAUAAUUCGAGUAUUAGCCAACGAAAUCAAAUUGAGUUACCAAAGCGAAAUUUAAAAUGGAACAGAAAAGAUCAGAUUAGUUUUACCGCAUGUGUACGUACCUUUUGUAGUAGAAGUAGUAGCCAAAAGUUUCUAGUUGAUAUCUUCCGCAUGUAGACUAUAAGCGCAUUUAGCCCACGUUUCACCCAACAACAAACAAUUUGUGUUCUAAGUUAUCUUGUUGAUCAAUGAAGUAUUUAUUUUCGAGUAUAUGUAUGUACUUUGAUAGGAAGCUAUGUAAAUGUCUACGUCUAGAUAAAACAUGUAUUUACUUUUAUAUAUAUAAAUGCUUUUAAAGUUGUUACAUAGUUGACUAACUGUAAAACGUCUGUUAGCCGCAACCGGUUUGUCUCGAAUCGGUUGCCCAAUACUCAAUACUAUUUACAAAAGAUUUAUCCUGAAAUAUAAUUUGAGGAAUUGAUUUGUAAAUGCAUUACCCCGCAAGUCAUUGAACCCAAAACUAUUUCCUUACACGGAAGAGGGUUUCAAUGGCUGAUGGGUUUUGUAUUUGAUGCAGCCUACAUGCUUUUCAAAUAAAACUAUUGCUAACUGUUA